UCAUCAAACUUAAUUCAGAUCUCCUUAGAGUUUAGCGCGGGAAACAAUGCAGAUAAUGCAGUGAUGAUUUUUUGACGUAAACAUCCAAUUUUAUAAAAGAAAUGAUUGCUUUGAAUCUGACAGCUAUGAAUUCCUCAAUUUCCGGUAGAAUAGAGCUGGAGAUUCCUCAUAUCCUCAAGGAGAACGGAGAGAAGAGAAAACAUGGAAAGGACAGGACAAGGGUAGAAAAAGAGUUUCUAUCUAUCUGUCUGUCUGUCUAUCUAUCGUAAUUUAGUUUUAACUUUUAAUACCAACCAUAAAGUUUAUCUAUGAAGAAUCCCCAUUCAUCUGCACCUUUACCGCUCAAACUUUCCCUCCCGUCAUCCUUCAGUCUGCUGUAGUAUUUUAUCGACCAGUCUCCGUGUUGCUAUAUUGGUCAGAGUUACUGAAGCGAGCUCAAGUCCCCAUCUGUGUAGAUUAGACCAUUAUCCUCUUAACUCCGAGUGUCCCUGCCUUCUCUCCUCACUGCUUCGCUCAAAAACACUCUCAAAUAAGAAGAAACUUCGCGUCUGACGCUGAUCGACGGACUUUCGACAGCUGCCGCGGCGCUCCGUGGAUGUAGAAGUUCUUCAGAGUUGGUCGCGCGCGUGUCGGGGCUCCUGAGGGGCCGCACAUGAGGAGUGUGUCUGAUCUUCAGCAGACAGUAAUCGCAUCAGACCGGCUUCACCGUGCAUACAAAGACCUGCAACAGUCUAGAUCGAAAAUUCAGCGCUUUUUAUUCUCUAUGAGUUUUUAAAAUGAGGAACAACAGCAUUUGAAGCUCAGAUUGACGCGAUCAAUAUUUCAGAAUCAUAAAGGAUUGAAAAUGCGCCUCCCGAAGAGAGUGAUGGUGCUUCUCGCAUUGGUGUGGAUGUGUAAUAUCGCUUUUUGCUCAAGAAAGUCUGGAGCACGGAAGUCAGAGAGGUUGAGUCCACCGCUGGACAUUCAGCUGGAGACGGUGAACUGCACUGCAUUCAGUGUCCGGUGGAAAAUGCCCCGCAGACACGUCAGCACUAUCACUGGAUAUAAGGUGUUUUACACGGAGAUGAGGAAUAAUCGUCCGACCAACAAUGCUGUUGUCCUGGAAGUCCCACUGAGUUUAGAAAUGCUCACAACUGGGCAGUUUGAUGGCCAGGCGAGCUUUGAUGUGGUGAUCGGGGACCUGAAGGUGGCCACGCAGUACCGUGUUAGUGUGGGGGCGUACGGCUGGGCGGGGGAGGGCAGACCCAGCAUGCCCCGGGACAUCAGCACUGGCUCUCAUGAAAAGUGCAUGCCUCCUACACCUCCUGCCCAGCCUAAUGUGGUCGCUGUGUCAGACACAGAACUGGCGUUGUCAUGGCAACAUGGAGAAAGUGAAGGAAGUGCACCUGUGCUAUACUUCCUGGUGGCUUAUAUCAGGCCAGAGAUGGACACUGAGUGGACGUACAUCAGAGAGCCAGUAGAGUCGAACUCUAUGGUGCUCAAGGGUCUGAUGCCUGAUACGGAGUACCAGUUUGUCAUCAGAGCCGUGAAUGCACAUGGGAUCAGCCCUCCCAGUGCCAUUAACAACCCCGUGCGCACAUUCGGUUCAGUGGAUGUAGGCAGUGGAGACUAUGACAUCUACAUCUCAAACUCUGACAGUAAAGAUGAGGACGGGUUUGAAACCGAUGACUCAGAUUAUGACGUCUUCAUUGAGGAGAUAAAUUUUCCUAGUAGUAAGAAAAGCGGCAGACGGUCUCAGCUACGCUCCCGCAUCGGGACUCCCGGUAACGGAAAUGUUAUUUAUAGGAUGCGUACACCUGCUUCCCAAAAUAUCACAUCAACAACACCUAUAACCAUGACAAUGGUCGCUAGCUCCACCUCCAGGACAACCACCACACCUACUAUACUGACAGGCGCCGCUCCUACUACGCUUUCUCCUACUACGCUUUCUCCUACUACGCUUUCUCCUACUGUGCCAUCUCCCAGUCCGUCAUUGACGCCAUGGAAAGGGGAAAGACCCCGAGUCUACGACGUACCAUGUGACGAGACGGUCUGCCCUCCUGACAGCUUCUGCAUCAACGAUUACGAUACUGGCGGCUCUCGAUGUCACUGUAACCUCGGCCGCCAGGGAGACCUCUGCUCAGAAGGUCUGACGGUAAAUUUCCCGAAGUUCUAUGGCUACUCUCACAUGACGUUUGAACCUCUUAAAAACUCUUACCAGAGCUUCCAGAUCAGCCUGGAGUUUAAGGCAGAGGCUGAGGAUGGAUUGCUGUUGUACUGUGGAGAGAAUGAACAUGGUCGAGGAGAUUUCACCUCCCUGGCCCUCGUACGGGGAAAACUACACUACAGGUUUAACUGUGGUACGGGGGCGGCGCAGAUCGUGAGUGACAGCUCCAUUGUGAUUGGUCAGUGGCACACUGUCACAAUAUUUAGAGACGGCAUGAAUGGCUGGCUACGAUUGGAUAACGACACACCGGUAUCAGGCCGUUCUCAGGGUCAGUACACUAAAAUAACAUUCCGCACGCCUUUGUUUUUGGGCGGAGCUCCGAAUGCCUAUUGGCUGGUGAGGGCGGUGGGGACCAAUCGCGGGUUUCAGGGCUGCAUGCAGAGUCUGACUGUCAACAGUAAAGCCACUGACAUCCGACCCUGGCCUAAAGGAAACGCACUGAGUGGAGCAGACAUUGGCGAGUGCAGCAACAGUGUGUGUGAGAAGGUCACCUGUGCUAAUGGAGGAAUCUGCUUUGCCAACCGAGCGGAUGGCUUCAUCUGCCUGUGCCCUCUGGGCUACAAGGGCUUCCUCUGUGAGGAGAGUUUCCUGUUGUCUCUACCCCAGUUUAACGAGAGCAUGUUCUCGUACGCCAGCGCCCCCUGGCCUCAGCCCUCCCAUAACUACCUUUCCUUCAUGGAAUUUGAGGUGACCUUCCAGCCGACCAAUCCCGACGGCACGCUGCUCUACACCGAUGAUGCAGCCAGCCGUGACUUCCUGUCAAUCAGCCUGGUGGGCGGAUAUGUGGAGUUUCGCUUCGACUGCGGCUCGGGUGCCACGGUUAUCAGGAGUGAAGAGGCCGUCGCUAUGGAGGUGUGGCAUGAGCUGCGUGUGUCUCGAACAGCAAAAAAUGGCAUUCUACAGGUAGACAACCAGAGACCAGUGGAAGGCAUGGCAGAGGGUGCAUUUACACAGAUAAAGUGUAGUUCUCCUCUCUAUAUCGGAGGAGUUCCUAAUUAUGAUAUUACUAAGACGAGCGCUGGCGUCCUGAGACCCUUCAGUGGAACUGUGCAGAAGAUCUCUCUGAAUGACCGCAGUAUAGAGCUGAAUCCAGGUCAGGCUUUUGGGGUGAACGUGUUGAACGCAGCUCACCCGUGUGUGGAGAACCCGUGUGCUAAUGGGGGAACAUGCAGACCGAAGUGGGACGGAUACGACUGUGACUGUGCGCUUGGGUAUGAUGGGAAACACUGUCAGAAAGCUGUUACUGAAUCUAUUGAGAUCCCUCAGUUCACUGGACGCAGUUAUCUGACGUACGACAACAGAGAUAUCCUCAAAAGGGUAUCAGGUUCCAGAACAAACAUGUUCAUGCGUUUUAAGAGCACGUCCAAAGAUGGUCUUUUACUAUGGCGAGGGGACAGUCCAAUGAGAGCCAACAGUGACUACCUGUCUCUCGGCCUUCAAGAUGGAGCGCUCAUUUUCAGUUAUAAUCUUGGUAGUGGAGCCGCCACUGUGGUCAUUAAUGGCACAUUUAGUGAUGGCAAAUGGCACAGAGUGAAGGCUGUCAGGGAUGGACAGUCUGGUAAACUAACUGUCGAUGAUUACGGAGCUAAAACAGGCAGAUCUCCUGGUAAGAUGAGACAGCUGAACAUCAACGGUGACCUUUACAUUGGUGGGAUGAAGGAGAUCGCGUUGCACACCAACAGGCAGUACAUGCGAGGUUUAGUGGGAUGCAUUUCUCAUUUCACUCUCGCCACGGACUACCAUCUGUCUCUGGUGGAUGAUGCAGCUGACGGCAAGAACAUCAACACCUGCACCAACUGAACACCUCAAAAACAACAGAUCGCGAACAUCAAUAACUUUUUGCGACCCAAGAACAACAUUUUCAUGUGUACUCUUCAAAAAUAACCACCACAACUUAUGAAUAUCAGGAACAGCAGCUCACAAAUAUCACUGACGCAGAUAAUUAAAGACCCAAACAUUAACCUCCAUCUGAUGAAAAGCGUUUAUCUUGGUGUGAUGAAGAUAAAGAUGAAAGUGUUUUCUUCUGAAUUCUCCAUUAUACACCAACUCCUGCAAUAACAGCCAGAGUUGGAGUUUUUGUUUAGCUUCAGCACUGUCAUUGAAUUCACUGAAAGGUUUUUAACCAUGUAACUGAAUCACAGUAAAUGUUAUCUCAUUCCAUAAGUGAGCAUGCAGAUGUUUGAAGGCAGGAUGAUCUCAGAGGUUAUUUAUUCCUUUUGCAGUCAAAUCUACAAGUUACAUGCUUUUUUUCAAACUCGAUUAUGAAUCAGGCAACCAAUUCUUGUUCAAACCUAGUCAGGCGCAUUUACAUUAUUCCCUUCAAGAGCAAUGGUCGGAGCAACUGUAUUUUUGUUUAUUGUUUGUUUUUUAUAUCAUUCAUUUUUUAUCAGUAUUUAGACUGUUGAAUUAAUAGAUGAAGAUUCAUUCUGAUGAAUAGAGCUUUUGAAGAGUCAGGCUGUCAUAGAGUAGUAAAUGUCUCUCUCUCUCUCUCUCUCUCUCUCUCUCUCUCUCUCUCUCUUCUGAGGUAAAUCUUUGCACUGUGAGUUUUUAGGCUGCUAGUGGUGGAAGGACAAAGUGAUGUGAUUUUUCUUUUGUAUAAGAGGCUCUGCCUCUCUUUUCCUUCUAGCUACAAACUUUUAUGAAUCCCAAAGACUCUUUAGUAGCUGCUGUAGCUCUUUAUUUUUUACUGUAGCUCUUUAUUAAGUUAAUGGAUGUCUGCAAAAAAAAAAAGCAUCUCUUAAUUUUUUCUGCCUUGAUGUUUAAAAAGCCUAUCAUUUUGCCAUCAAAAAUGUGACUUACUGAUUUUAUUCAUAAAAUAAAAAGAAUGUCAGACACUGAAUUUUA